UCCAGAUUUUAGUUUGUUUUGCUUUUUUUGGUCACACCUCGCGAUGCUCAGGGGUUACUUCCAGCUCUGAACUGAGGGAACAUAUGGGAUGCGGGGGAUCAAACCUAGGUCAGUCUCAUGCAAGGUAAGCACCCUCCCUGCUAUACUAUGCCAGUUUUGUUAGAAGCUGUACUGUAGGAGAAGCUGUACUAUUCUAGGAAGGAAUGUCAAACACUGGGCAAUUCUGAAAGGUCCACAGAUACUGUCCCAGGAGAGAAGUUAGUACCACUUUGGUUGUAGACUCAUCUCCCUUACCCAGUGACAUACACUGGUUGACACAUGUCACAGCAUGACACAGCAUAGAAUGUCACAAGGUACACAGGGCAAGAAUGACACAUAUAUGCAUAUUUAAUCUCUUGCAUAGUCAUCCAUCCACCUCCACACACAGAACCAGACACUCUGGCCCUCAGUCAACCUCCUCGGUCUCUUCUGAUCAGCAGCUGUCACCUCAGUCCAGACACUCAGGGGAUGAUGCACUGUCCCAGGUGGCGGCUGUGACAAGAUGACUCUUCAUCCCUUCUGGCAAGUUGAAUUCCAAGCAUCUUUGGAAAAGUUCCUACCAUCCCUCCUCAGAACAUACCCUGAGAGCAAACACUCCCCCACAUUUUCACACUUGCUUUGUUCCAUGUACCACCCACUACAAACACACGGAACCACUUCUGUGUUCUUCCGGCCCACAAGCACAGCCGCUGCCUCAGUUUCUCUCCAGGCUCUGUUUGGCCAGUUCACCCUCCAACCACUCUCACCACAAUACACGCCUUUUCCCUAUUCCUUCUGUACGCAGCUAUGAUAGGGGGCUGCUGGGACGGGGAAUCGGCCCAGAAGCACAGUUUUCCUACUUCUGCUCAGAACCUGGAGGAGACGGACUGUCGACCACCGGUCCGGGCUACGUCGAGGGGACAAACCCACGCUGGGCAGCAAAGCGGCUGGGCGCGCGACGGAAUCGCCCCGGUAUGUUGUCGCCGCGCCCCCUAGCGGACGCCGGCCCCCGACGGACUGCGGACGGGAAGAGGAGUGCAGCGGGCGCGCGUGGGAGGCGUCCCGAGGGGAGGGGUCGGCGGCCGGUGCAGGCACGGAGGCGGGAGCCACCGGGUAGGGGGCGGGGGUGAACCCCGACGGCCAGCCCGUCAGCUCUCCGCUCAGACGGGCGGGAGCCGCGGCCCCGCUCGCUGUCCAUUGUCUGCGCCCCUGACCGGUGCGUCCUGGUGCCCCAGUGCGACCCGGCAGGGCAGCGUCCCACCGUCACUCCAGCCAGCGCCGAAACUAAGAGGCGGUGCUGGCCGCCGGCUGCCUCAGCCCACCAGCUAGGAUCUAGAGCCAUGCUGCCUGCCGCCCGCCCCCAGCGCUGUUAGAACUGGCCUGAGACCUCUCGCCACUGCCGCUGCCGCUGAGUCCCGUCCCACCGUCGCGGGUCGCCGCCAAAACCACCCAACUGCAGCAGAGCGGGCCAUGGGGCGCUGGGCGCUGCUGCCCCGCUGGGUUUCUGCUGCGCUGGUGCUGGUGCUGGCCGCUCUGCCCACAGCCCUGGCCGCCAACAGCAGUGGCCGAUGGUGGGGCAUCGUCAACGUUGCCUCUUCCACGAACCUGCUCACCGACUCCAAGAGCCUGCAGCUGGUGCUGGAGCCGAGUCUGCAGCUGCUGAGCCGCAAGCAGCGGCGGCUGAUCCGCCAGAACCCGGGGAUCCUGCACAGCGUGAGCGGAGGGCUGCAGAGUGCCGUGCGAGAGUGCAAAUGGCAGUUCCGGAACCGCCGCUGGAACUGUCCCACGGUGGCAGGGCCCCACCUCUUUGGCAAAAUCGUCAACCGAGGCUGCCGGGAGACAGCCUUUAUCUUUGCCAUCACCUCUGCCGGCGUUACCCAUUCCGUGGCUCGCUCCUGCUCCGAAGGUUCCAUCGAAUCCUGCACGUGCGACUACAGGCGGCGCGGACCUGGUGGCCCCGACUGGCACUGGGGUGGCUGCAGCGACAACAUCGACUUCGGCCGCCUCUUUGGCCGCGAGUUUGUGGACUCCGGGGAGAAGGGACGGGACCUGCGCUUCCUCAUGAACCUGCACAACAACGAGGCUGGCCGCACGACGGUGUUCUCCGAGAUGCGCCAGGAGUGCAAAUGCCACGGAAUGUCCGGCUCCUGUACAGUUCGAACGUGCUGGAUGCGAUUGCCCACGCUGCGAGCCGUGGGCGACGUGCUGCGCGACCGCUUCGACGGCGCUUCUCGCGUCCUCUAUGGCAACCGCGGCAGCAACCGCGCCUCGAGGGCCGAGCUGCUGCGCCUGGAGCCCGAGGACCCGGCCCACAAGCCUCCCUCCCCCCACGACCUCGUCUACUUCGAAAAAUCGCCCAAUUUCUGCACCUACAGCGGACGCCUGGGUACCGCGGGCACGGCAGGGCGCGCCUGCAACAGCUCGUCGCCCGCGUUGGACGGCUGCGAGCUGCUCUGCUGCGGCCGGGGCCACCGCACGCGCACGCAACGCGUCACCGAGCGCUGCAACUGCACCUUCCACUGGUGCUGCCACGUCAGCUGCCGCAACUGCACGCACACGCGCGUGCUGCACGAGUGUCUGUGAGGCGGACGCCGACUCGCUCCCGGGAGCACGCCCCGAACAGAGUCGCUGGCACCGAGAUUACCAUCCGCGCCCACCCACCAGCCACGCUCCUCGCUGCUUGUCACACGUAUUCGACCGGUUUCCCCCACCUCCUCCUACCUGGGACUCCUCAAACCACUUUCCCCGGGCGGGCGGCAGAGCCCUCUUUCCCUCUGGGAGGAGCAGCCCGGACCUACCUCCCUCCCUCUCGGGGGAGACCCCCGUUGCACUGCCCCGCCCCCAGCGGGUGCCCAGGUGACUGAAGGACUCGUCCCUGGG